AAAGUGCAGAUCACAUCAAUAAACACGCAAUGGACAUUAUAAACGCAGAUCAUUUAAAUUUCUUCGAUCCACACGGAUACUGUCGAUUGGUGAUUGCUGAUAACAGAAAUCGGUUUUUGAUACCAUGGAAAAGGCGCAACCUAGGCAACGAAGUACAAGAACUACACAUAAUGAACGACUCCAAUUUAAUACCGCCAUCAACGACGGGAUAUUUUGAGAAACGCCUCAUCUGCAAUUUUAUCGAUGAUAUCCUAGGAGCCCAGAAGCCCGAAACGUGCGAUGCAGAAACUGCAAGACGUAAGCUGUUUCCACCCUCCAGAUCAGUACCACGGAAGUCAAGAACAACCCACAAAAAUAAAAGAACCCACUCAACUUUAUUCAAAUUCCGAAAUCCACAAAGGGGCACCGUUUUGCGUAAAGUAAAAAAGAACUACUUGAAUGAAGCUCGCAAAAACGUUCUAGCCCAAAUUGCUCUUGAAGAAAAAAAUACCCGACCUGGCUCAUCGUCGUCGUCUUCUCUAGAUUCCAUUGAUUCAUCAAAUGUCCAAAAUUGGCGAAUGACCGUUGAGGAGUGCCCGAAUAAAAUUUUUGUAAAUCCCAACUUCAACGGAAUGCUUCUAGUUAGAACCGAUACUGGAGUUUUUCCCAUUGAGCCAAGUAAAUUGUCAGAGGUGUGCAAAUAUCAUGACAAUAUGGUGAGACGUCAUCCGCCUAAGAUUCGAACAGAACAUGAGCAGGUAAAGCGCGACUUAAACACUGAAGCGUGCCGUUUAAGUCGAAGAGUAAGUAAACUUGCUGGAAUUAUUUUAGAAGAACAAUAUCGUGAAAGGACAGUGGCAAACAAUAAGAUUGUUGAGGAAUCAAUAAGAUCCAUUCAUUACUUGAAAUCACUUUUGGAUAUGUUAUUGGAAAGAGAUUGAAGACGUAAAAAUGACGAUCAGAUUUAUAAAUGUGAUUGUAAUAAUCAUUUAAAAAACAAAAUUAUGAGAAAAGCUUUAAUGUAGGCACAUAAUAUAUUU